AUGGCCCAGAGCUAAGCCGCGCCCUUGAGCGCCAAGUAAACUAUUCAAUGUAAACCUUAACGGUUGAGAUAAACCACACAAACUCGUCUGAUUCAGAUUCUCCAGCACUCUGUCCCCUCCCUACUCCCACUCCAUCGUGUUGCGCGUGUGCGUCUGCGAGUGCGUCUCUCUCUCUCUCUCUCCCCUUCCCACACGCUCUCUCCUUCCCAUAACCAACCGGAUAAUACCCAAGCCUUUUCUGUCUAUCGUUACUCCUACGUUUGCCCUCAGCAUAUUGGUGGGGUGGAGGCCGAAAUCUCAAAGAUUCGCGUGAAAUCCGUGGACUCCAGUUUCUUACGCCCUUUCCUCUGAGAACAGCGUUGGAGAAUAUCACAGCUAAUUCACGGAGAUGGUGAUGGACGCUGCUCUUGAUGAUUACAGCCUCAUUCCCGGGGCUGUUAGAUGCAGUGUUGUUAAUGCCGUUCGAGUUUACUUCUGACUCCAACCCAAUCUCCUUCUCGGCUUUACAAUUAUGAGAAAGAUGGCCUAAUGUUUUGCUGGGAUUACAGCAGAAUCACGGUUUCUUCUUCUUUGAAUAAUGCAGUUACUAGGUUGUAUAGGGGGAAAAAGUAUGCGUUAAGGAUGAUGAAGACAUUAUUUUACAUUAUGUUGGUGUAAAUUCCUGCCACAUAUUUUGUUUACAUCUUUGCCAAUGGCGGCUGAUCAGCGGAGAAAACGAUUACUUGGUGUGAGCAUUAGAAGUUCCAGUUCUAGGCAGCAGCAUGGAGUGAGAAGGAAGAAUUUAGAAUUGCCACAUAAUGACUCAAACAUGAAAUCUCAUAUUUCUCUUGAGUGGGAUGACAAUCAAAAAAGGAUUGUUGCUAAAAGGGAACAAAUUAGCAUAAGUUGGAGAUAUUUGAGGCCAUUUAAUGAUUCUAUUCCUCAUCAUCAGAACAUCUUAGCAGAUGUAUUUGCUAUUCCUCAAGAAAUUUUUGAGUUAGAGAAUUUGACACAUGUUCUCUCUUAUGAGAACUUAUUACAGGUUUGGCAGAGUCAUCUAUCAGAGAAUGAGAGAAACUUUCUCGCGGAGCUUCUACCUAGAGGAUUAGAGCCCCAACAAGUUGUGCAGGCAUUGGUCGCAGGGGAUAACUUUCACUUUGGAAACCCGUUUCUUAAAUGGGGUGCUUCACUUUGUUCUGGCAGUCUUCACCCUGAUGUAGUUCUUCAUCGGGAACAGUGUUUAAAGGCUGAGAAAAAAAUAUAUUACUCAAAGUUACAGAAGUAUCAUAAUGAUAUGAUAGGAUGCGUACUGAAGUUGAAAGAGAGAUGGGAAAAUUGCAAGGAUCUAGAAAAGGAAAUAAUGCAGAAACUAUGGAGGUCAAGAGAUGGUUUGGACAGAAUAAUUCUCUCACGUGGAAAUGAGUACAUAUAUCCUGGUCCUGAGGAUGAUUUCACAGCUACAUCUGAAUCUUGUUCUGGGGUGGCUGAUGACAAAGUAUGUAGUAGUGAUAACCAGAACUUCUCAGUGAUUAAGGGUGCAGAACUUCUAAAAAGGGUGUCUGAGGAACGCUUUAUGAAAUACGAAGGUAAAAAUCUUUGGAUUACUUCAGAUGAUGUGCUUAAUUUAGGAGCAAAACCUAGAAAUGGAGACAAGCUACACAAGCAUAAUAUCCACUGUAGCGAUGGUGCUAAUUAUAUGUCAUAUUUCAAGAUUAGCAAGAAGCAACAUGAACUUUUCAAGAAUAUGAAGCAGUCUGGUAAGAGCAUCCAGUCUAGGUCUCUUAAUCGUGUUUUGGGUAAUAUUGAUAGCUUUCAUGUACAACCAUAUGAAGUAUUUGUGGAAGAAGAGCAGAAGAAAUUGCAUCACCACUGGUCACAAUUGGCAAACAAAGUUCUCCCACUGGCCUAUGCUAACUGGAGAGAGAAACAGUUUCAAAGAUGGGCAAUCACUAAUUCUUUGGAGAAAGAAAUGAAAGAUAAGCGAAAAUCUCUGACGGAGGAUGAGGAUAAUGAGAACCUUGAGAGCAUGCUUCAAGAUCAGAAUGAAGAUGAAUUGAUAAAUGUGUCUGCUGUGGAAGAUGAUGAAGAGUCUGUUCCUGGCUCCCCCAAGAAUGAGUUUGCUCCUGGCUCACCACAGAAUGAGGAUUCUGUUUCUGGCUUGGCACAGAAUCAAGAGUCCACUCCUGGCUCCCCCCAGAAUCAGACUCCACAGCAGAUUUCUUCUCAGAGUGGUGGCCAUGAGGGCAACAUCGUGGACGUGGAUUCCGAAAACAAUGAUAUCAUGUCAAAGUCAGAUGAUGGUCAUGAUGAUCAAACCAUGUACUCGGGAAAUUUUAACACUGCUGAUGUGGUCAGUCAGGGUAUGCUUCUUACUUCUGGAGUUGUUUGGCCAGCUGUUAGCAUGCCCCAAUCUUACUAUGAUUCCACGGCAAACCAUGAAUUCACAGCUGCCAGUGGGUUUUCACUUGAACAUUCACAAGUUAAUGACCAGCAACGGGCUCAUUUGAUUGAUCUGGAAUCUAAUUUGCUUGUAGAACACACAGAUUUUUUGCACAGACAAUCAGGUGAAUGUUCCUUCAUUUCUUAUCCUAACCAAGACCGUAAUGAGUUACUUCAAUCUCUCUUUAAGAGCCAGGGGAUAUUGUCCUACCAUCAAGAGCAGAAACAGAAGGGUUUAGAAUUCCAUCCACCAAACAAUUUGGCUGUGGAAAAUGGUCAGUUUCCUGGGCAUUCCCAGGAGCAGGAGCGGAAGAGACAGAACGGGGUUUAUGUGCCAAGAAACAUCCCGGGGAACAUAUACUCUGAUGGCGUUAGAUACUUGAUCCCAAGGCAAGAACACUUGUCACAGGUCACUGUGCAGGGUUUGGCUGUCAAUACCAUCCGCAUGCCAUCACCUCUCCAAUCUGGCUUAAAUAGUGGGGAAUCAUCGAGUCAGAACUGGUUUUCUGGUGAGCAUCAAGUUCAUGGUGGGUGGACUGGUUCGGAUGGUACCAGUCUCCAGAGUCAGAGCAAUAGCAUGGGGAGUGGAGGUGGUGCAGAUCAUAGUAUAUUCCAAGUUCUACCUCAUUCUAUCCAGUUGCGUCCAAGUGGCCCUUAUGAUUCGGUGGGCUCCACAGAGCAGUUCACUGCAUCGAGGAACUAUGGAAUGGUGGGUGCAUUUACUCCUAGGAUCAACAAUGUUCUACAACAAAUGUCACAUCCACUAGACUACUUAAGCAGGCGUGAAGCUGCUACUUCCAUGAUGUCUGAUGAUAUUGGAUGGAUGAGCUUGCCACAUCAGAAUUCUGUUUUAAAUGAUCCAAUGGGAAAACCUUACUUGCGGUCUUUCCCAUUUUGAACAUCCUUUCCUAUUUUUGGAUAAUGUUUCAGUUCAUGAGCUUGGUUAGAAUGACAAGGCAAGAAGAAAAUGCUUAUUA